CGUGGGGACUUACUUUUAAUUGAGAACUGAUUAGCGAACUGUGUUCAGUUGCUAGAAAGAUCUCCACCUACAAAGACUACCACGUCUACAAAUGGCCGUAAGCACCCAAGAGCUACUUAGUGCCCUGUCCAUACUGGCCGACAAUGAAAACAUCCAGGUGACUGUUACGGAGUCCGCCAAAGGAGCUGCCUUGUGUGCUGUCAGUGCCCUGGUCGGGGGAUUACUAAUGGGUCCCCGGGGGCUGGCGGUGGGCGGGGCCAUCGGCGGUCUUGCAGCCUACAGACUUACAGAAGGAAACUUCAAGUCACUGAGUGAUGUCAUUUCAUACGAUAUGUCGGAAAGUCAGCGCCGAGAACUGAAGGAACAUGUUGUCAAGGCUAUAUCCGAAAUUAGAACUGUCGAUGCUAUACAGAUUGCUGGAUUAAUACUUAAUAACCGGCAGGUGCAAAAUGUUGCACUAAGCGCGGCCAAGUCUUUUGUCACUAAUCGUAUGGGAAUGACCAUUAUUGAUUAAUCAUCUAUCCAAAUCAAUAUGGAAUAAUAAAAGACUUUGUAAAAUUGUA